AUGAAGCUUCCAACAUAUGCAGUGCUCCCCUGGCCAGGAAUGUGGAGGUCCAUGAAUAGCGUUGAGAGCCUUCGUUAUCAGUCUCAAGUCCCUCUACUAGAUUUUUUUUAUAGAAGAGCUUCAAUUCAUGUGUCGAAUUUUCAAAACCAUUCGCAGCGUUCGUACAUGAGGCUUCUCUUUUAUUGCACCAGCUUUUAUUUUGAUCUUCUCUCGCCGGAUGAGUGCUAUAUCUCUUCUACUUCUUAG